GGAGAUUCAUUUUCUAAGGCACGGGGUUUUUUCAUUCUUCAGACACAAAGAGGGAGGAGAAGGAGGAGGAAGGUCGAUAUCAGCCUCCCUGCGUGAAGCUGCCUAGCUCAGUGCUCGGCGCUUGUUGGGAAUCGUCCUCAAGUCUUCCCUGCUAGGAAAAUGACACCUUCUGAAUGCAAACAAGGCUCUAUUCACCACACAAGUUAAAUAACCAUCGCAGACGUGCCAGUAUCUCAACAGUGUCGUCUCCGCGUAAUCCCUGACAGUAGCACUGAAGAUAUAUAGGCAGUCCUGUGGGCCAAACUUACCACAUGUCCCCUAAGUCUCACAUAGUCUGUCAUAGAUGCAUUUCUGGAUUUUGGUUUUUUUUCUUACAUUUGAAUCCACAGCAGGGUUCAGCGGGUUUUGUUCGUCUGUAAAUGAGAACAGGAAUAUUUGGCGGGUCCACAUGCCUGUUCCGGAGCUCAGCGUCCUUCCGGGUGUCCGUCAGAGACGACGGCAGCCUGGCGAUGUUCCUGGAGGCCGAGGACCUGGUGGAGAACGCCACGGCGUACGCGGCGCGGGUGGCGGGCGAGCCGGUCGCCCGCGUGCUGCAGUUCGACGAUUUUGCCGUCUCCCCGCCGCCCCCGCUGGUCUUCAACACCUCGUACCACGGCCUGUGCUACACCGUGAGCCUCCUGAGCAACACGGGCACGCCCUGGUCCAGGCCCCUCAAGACCGCCACCGUCCUCACACAGCCUCUUCCGGUUGAAAGUGUGUCAAUCCAAGACUACCAGCCGGCUCCGGAGACGGGGGUGGUCUUUGAGAUCAAGACGGCAGAGAACAACAUUUUCACCAGAGUAAACAUCAGCUACCUGGAGGGGAGGGAGCCAAGAUCUAUGCUGUAUAAAGAUUUCCUCAGGGGGAGAACCGUCUUCAAGCACUGGCUGCCGGGCACCUGCUACAGCAACGUCACCUUCCGGCUGGUCUCCGAGGCGACCGCCAACAGAAGCACGGUGGUGCGCCAAAGUCCGGUGGGACACGAGACCCCCCAUCACAGGACAGUCCCCAACCCCCCCGUCAACGUCUCUCUGAGGAUCAUUCACCUGAGCAGCGGGGCCCCCCUCGGGGGGUUCCACAAUGGGCCCCACCCCCGCAGGGCCCGCGACGUUCCCCUGAUGGAGCAACAGGAAGAGGCGGAGGCUCAGGGGGAAGAGGAGGAGAACGCGGAAGCGGUGGAGGACGGCGUUGCCCAGGGCCCCAAUGACACCUACAGCUCGGUGGACGAGGCCCAGAGCCAAACCGUUACGAAUUCCUAUUGGCCGCCGCCCACGGGGAGCCCCUCCCCCUCGGAGGAGGAGUUUGUGAACGCGGUGGUGCCGGAAUACGAAGACUCCAACGAGCCCGGUUCUGCCAUGAGCCUGCCCCUGUCUCCUGAGCCCUCUGUCGCCCCCACCAGGCUACCCCCCAUACUGCUAGAGCUGCGCUGGCAGCCGCCCCGCCCACCCACCACCUUCGAUGGAUUUAACAUCUACAUCUACAGGGAAGGCAACUGCACAGAGAUGGCCACCGUGGACGAGAACACUCACGAGUUCUUCGUGGAGCUGACGGAGCCGGGCACCUACCGGGCGCUGGUGACCACGCUCAGCUCGUCCGGGGACUGCGAGCCGCGGGAGAGCGCCGGGGACGCCGGCUUCACCUUCUACCUCAGUCCCAGCGGGGAGUGGUUUGAGCAGCCGAAGGAGAGGCCGCAGGCGGUGAGCGUGAGGAUGCUGGGCUCCAGCGCGGCGGACGUCUCCUGGGCGCCGUCCUCGGAGAGCCACAACGGCUCCCUGGUGUCGGUGCUGUCCCUGACCUGCCUCAAGCCCAGCCUCAGCCAGAGGAUGGAGAACACCUACUGCAGCGAGGAAAAUUCCACCAGUGACAUCAUCACGAAUUUGACCCCCGGGGCGCAGUACAGAGUGGUGGUCUAUCACACCAACGGACCCCUGAUCAGCCCUCCCUCAGACCCCGUCAUCAUCGGAAUAGAGCCGACGGGGGUUCGAGACCUGGCGGUGUACCCGCUCAGCCCCACGGCGGCCAUCCUCAGCUGGCGGCGGCCGUACCACGUGGCCUUCCGCAAGUACGCCCUGGACAUCUUCCACUUCGACCCCGCCACCCUCACCUCCGGGUGGACCAAAUACUACGAGAUCGCCGCCACCGCCUCCGUCACCGCGUCCACGAAAGUGUCCAAUCUGCUGCCUGCUUGGUACUACAACUUCCGCGUAACCAUGGUAACGUGGGGCGAGCCAGCUCUCAACUGCUGUGACAGCUCAAUCGUUAGCUUCACCACAGCUCCAGAGGCCCCUCACAUCACCGCAGUAGUCUACGCCAACAGCCUGCUGUACGUCAAGUGGACCUACGGGGACAUCUUGACCGACCUCUCCCACUCCAGGAUGCUGCACUGGCUGGUGGUGGCCGAGGGAAAGAAGGGAUCAAAACGGCACAUCUCUGCUGACGUGACACGCACAGUCAUGGAGGCGACACUGGCCCUGCCCCCUGGAGACAUCUACAACCUGACCGUCACGGCCUGUACAGAGCGCGGCAGGAACACCUCCAUGCCACACAUCAUAAAGCUGGAACCGGCGCCUCCCAAGUCCCUGUACGCGGUGAACGCCACCCACACCUCGGUGACCCUGCUGUGGGUGGAGGAGGGCGUGGUGGACUUCUACCAGGUGCUCUGCAAACAGGUCCGGCCCGGCAGAGACCUGAAAGCGAGGGAGCCUCAGGCAGUCCACUCCCACGUGGCCACAGUCGCCGCCCUCCGGCCUUCCACCACCUACAACUGCAGCGUGACCAGCUACAGCUACAGCACUCCCAGCGAGCCCUCCUACAUCACCGUCUCCACCCCAGCCCGUGAGAUGAACCCCAGCGUGGCGGCCAUUUCGGCUCUGGUUAUCCUCAGCGUGCUCCUCCUCAGCCUCCUCGUGCUCAUCUUCCUCGUGCUCCGCAAGAAACACCUGCAGAUGACCAGGGAGUGCGGGGCUGGAACCUUCGUUAAUUUCGCCUCGUUCGACAGGGACGGGAAACUGCCGUACAACUGGCGAAGAAGCCUUUUUGCCUUCCUUACACUUCUGCCUUCCUGCCUAUGGACUGACUAUCUUUUGGCUUUUUAUAUUAAUCCUUGGAGCAAGACUGCUUUAAAGAAAAGGAAGCUGACGAGCCCCGUCCAGCUGGAUGACUUUGAUGCCUACCUCAAAGACAUGAGCAAAGACUCUGCCUACAAAUUCUCCCUGCAGUUUGAGGAGCUCAAGAGCGUGGGCCUGGACCUGUCCCAUGACGCCGCCGACCUGCCCGUCAACCGAGCCAAGAACCGCUACACCAACAUCCUGCCCUACGACUUCAGCCGCGUGAAGCUGAUCUCCAUGCACAACGACGAAGGGUCCGACUACAUCAACGCCAACUACAUUCCCGGUUACAAAUCCCCCCGCGAGUACAUCGCCACCCAGGGGCCGUUGCCCGAGACGCGAAACGACUUCUGGAAGAUGGUGCUGCAGCAGAAGUGCCGCGUCAUCGUCAUGCUGACCCAGUGCAACGAGCGCCGGAGGGUGAAGUGCGACCACUACUGGCCCUUUACGGACGAGCCAGUGGCCUACGGAGAGAUCGUCGUGGAGAUGCUUUCUGAGAAAGAGGCUCCAGAGUGGACCAUGAGGAACUUCAGACUGAGCUAUGCGGACGAGACGCAGGACGUCCUGCACGCGAACUACACGUCCUGGCCCGACCACGGCGUCCCCACGGUCAACGCCAUCGAGAGCAUCCUGCAGUUUGUGCAGAUCGUCCGGCAGCACGCGUCGCGGACCAAAGGGCCCAUCGUGGUGCACUGCAGCGCGGGCGUGGGGCGGACGGGGACCUUCAUCGCCCUGGACCGCCUCAUGCAGCACAUUCGGGAGCACGAGUUCGCCGACAUCCUGGGCCUGGUGUCGCAGAUGCGCUCCCACCGGCUCUGCAUGGUGCAGACAGAGGAACAGUACGUGUUCAUCCACCAGUGCGUCCAGCUGAUGUGGAGGAAGAAGAAACAGCAGUCCAUCACCAGUGAUGUCAUCUAUGAGAACGUUACCAAGUCCUAACCGUGCAAUGUUAUUCACCUGUCCUCCCUUGCUUCAGGCUUUUCGUUGAUACCAAAAAGUCAACACAAGAUCCGAAAAGAAAAAAAAACUAAACAAAAAAAAAAACUAAACAAAAAAAAUAAAACAUUUUUUGCAGAACUUUUUUUUUUGUUUGAGAGGGUGGAAGCAAGGGACGGACCCUUGCCUUAAAGAGUCUUCAGUGACCAACCGCGUUCCAGAUGGAGCCAGCGAUUCUGCGCUCACCGGACCAAGUUGACACUUGCCAAACCAACUGAAACGGGCCGGGUGGGGGCGGGCCGUAGUGGGAGCGCACACACACCCACCCACAUUUCCUCCCCCAACCUGAAGGCCGUUUCCUUCAAACAAGCAGCAACAAAGCCACACAUCUGGGUCAGAAGAGAGAGCCGUCCCUCUAGUGGCGGAACGGAGGAACUGAUUGUUGUUGUCAGCGACAAAUCUUUUGUUUCGUUAAUAGUUUAUGUUGAUCUCAGGAUUAGCCGGAACAUGGCUAACAGCUAACGUUCUCUCCUUUCCCCGUGUUUUAUUUGAGUUAUCACACUGCCGUGGUACAAGACCGCAGGGGGAUCGCAGACAUUUUGAGGGAGGGCUACAUGUUAGCAGGGAAUAGUAGUUCACCGGGAGAUAACCUUUUUUUUUUUUUUACAUAUCGUUAACCAUUCACACGGUAGCUUUAGUUUUCACACCUUUUAAGUAGCGACAGUGAGUUGUUACCCAUAAUGCCACAGCAGCGUGAGCAUCUCUAACGAGGACAGGCAUGAGCGAUUCAAAGCUGCACUGCCACCCCACGCGGGUCAAGUAAUGUAAUCUGUGUAUAAGUCUAUACUGUACAAACAGCUCAAGAGACUUGUAUUUUUCCAUGCGUCGUGUGCACACUGUGGAUCGUCUGCCAUUGAGAAAACACUGGGGAGCCGGGAUUCUUCACGCCCUGUAAUGAGUUUCCGAUUCCAUAUGGCUACCGCUGCAUCGGUAUGCCAACUAUACUGGAAGCUUGCACGGGGGUUUAUGGUUUAACAGGCAGGGGAGCAAAUGGCCAAUCACAAGAAGAGGAGGAAGACAGGGAAUCCUGGAAGAUGGAGUGGAAUUGGUCACGUUCAAGGUGCAUAUUGUAAAUAUGCAUAUUAAGCACUUAUACAUUAUCUUCUCCAUAUCAUAACUACAUCACCACUACUGUAAUGAUGCUAUGCUGUAAGAACAGAACAUAUAAGUGUAGGGCAUCAACAAGAGUGAAUUUGUUUCAGGCUGCUUUUUCAAGUUCGCUCUUGUUGAGUGUUUUACACAUUUUAUGGUAAUCCCUUUCCUACAUUACGACUACGAUUACUCCUGCAAACGUAAUUUUCAUCAGUGUUCUUUAAAAACAAACAAAAAACAACAAAUUCCCUCAAUUUUCUCACCUGCUUAGUUAUUUCAAUCUAAGAGGACUGUGCUAAGUUUACAGGUUAAAACAGGUCGUGCUCAGUUGUAUAUUUUAAUAUGUGAAACAAGUGAUCCAAUCUCUUUAGCAUACUGUCUUCAUCAUGCAACUGUGUUGGAAUCCCACCACAGGUGUGACUAUAGGUAUUGGAAAUUAAUCUAUGGCUGUAAAACUGAAAUAAGUUUCUUUAUAAGAAAAUCUUGAAAUGGUAAGACAAUGAUUUUGCUGCCAGAGCAAGAAUUUACAUGUUCUGCUUCAAGUUCCUGAAAUAACUUAUAUCUGAACAACCUGUCAUCUACCGACGGAACAAUGUUCCAUGUGGGAUUCAAACAACAUUCUGAAGACUAUGUCACACAUGAGUCACAGCCCUGACCACUGCCACUACCACACUCUCUCAGAACCAAGAUUUUACACGGGAGCAAUCUCAGUAUAUUUGCCCUAUUUUUUAAAAAUCAGCCUUUAUUUUUUGUGUUAUGAACACAAAACAGAGAACCGCAAGUUCGCAUAAUGACUUGUCCCUCAUCCGCUCACUGCAGUUGUGUUCUUGUAUACAACCAUACGGUGUUCGUUUCAUCAGGGGUGUUCAAGCUAUAAUCACCAUCAAAGUGAACAGCUUUAUUGAUGUGUGUGGUGUCAGGAAAAAAAAACAGUUUUUCUGUCAGUUUAAUGAAUCAACUGUUCAUUGCAGGUCAUAAAGUAGCUGUGUCCCUUUUAAUUUUGCACUGAACUCUCCUUAUAGGUGGGACCAAACAAGAUUAUUUCCAAGAUGACAUUUCUGUAUCAUAUUGCAUUUACAAAUCUUGCUGGUGGUGGUCAUUUCAAAUUUCCUUAUGUGCAUUUAGAGGUAUUAUUUUGUAUUUUCUUUAACUCUGGAUUUAGAAAAAUUGCAGCAUUUUAUGAGGUCAUAAUACCAUUCCCAACAUUCCCAGGCGGCAGCAUUGAGCACCCUGACAAAUCAAAAUGGUGGAAUUUUUCUGCCGUAACCGGGGGAACGUUGUGCAUCCAAGCAUAGCAGUUGGUGCAAAAAAAAAAAAAAAAUAGGGGACCAGAAAUUACAAACAGAGCGACUACUUUUGUGAUUUUUACUCAUUUUAUUUGCAGGCCCACAGGGCAAUAUUUAAAUCCACGAGGACUUCUGUGAUGGUAAAACCAUGUACCGCCAUUACAGCUGGGCUCAAGAACUGCAAGGCAGGGCGUGGCCUCCCGCGUCCAUUCGAAACAGUUUUUUUUUUUUAAGCUGUAGUAGUGUGUGUAGACUGUUCCGAAAUCACAGUCACAUGACGCAGGACAGAUGAUGAAAGCUCCGCCCCCCCCUUUGUUGAGGGCACAGGCGUGUGAAGGAAACUCUCCAGCCUUUUCUCAGACCAGGAAGCAAACGAGUGUCAUGUAUAGGUAGGUAGCACUUUUUUCACGGUUCUCUUGUUCGGCGUGCGUCCAGUCCAGACUGUUCUUCAUUGGUGCCAUUCGUGUGCAUUUUUUGUCACUUGCUAGAAAGGAUGACCGUGUAACUGCUGGGGCAGCAGGGCCGGGGUCAUUGUCACAGUUUAAAUGUGUGUGUUCCAAAAAAUAAAAAAUAAAAGGCUUCAGUAUCUAUCCCAGUGA